CAAAAUAUGCGAAACUUCACCUGAACUGUCACUUCGACUCGGUCUUUUCAAUCAUAGGGAUGGGGUACUUACAAGAGAGAAGCAGUUUAUGUGUACUCUUCCUUAUCAUACUCCUGUCAGAAGGACAUUUUCGAUGGGUUGAGGCCCAGCACUGUGUGUGGUACGGUGAGUGCGGCGAGUCUGAAAAGGUGCCCGGAAAGAAGUACAACUGCAACUACACCGGUCCUCCUAUCCCGUUACAACCUGAGGGUUAUGAGCUUCUCAUGGAGCUCUGUCCCGGAUAUGACUACGGAGACCGAAAGCUCUGCUGUGAUGCUAACCAGUUGCGCACCCUCAAAGGGAGUCUCCAGCUGCCCCUUCAGUUCCUGUCUCGGUGUCCUGCCUGUUUCUUCAAUCUGAUGAACCUCUUCUGUGAGCUGACAUGCAGCCCCCACCAGAGUCAGUUCAUGAAUGGCACCAAGAUUGAUGAAAAAAAUGUUCUGGAGGUGCAGUACUAUAUUGGAAAAACAUUUGCUAACGCCAUGUACAAUGCCUGUAAGGACGUCCAGGCUCCAUCUAGCAAUGUGAAGGCCCUAUCACUGCUGUGUGGCAAGGAUGCAAAGGACUGCAAUGCUACAAACUGGAUCCAGUACAUGUUCGAUAUUAACAAUGGGCAGACACCCUUCCCUAUCAACCCGACAUUCUCAGAUGUCCCAGUUUCUGGUUAUACUCCCAUGAAUAACAAGACAUACGACUGCACAGAGGGCCUAGAGGAUGGCUCAGGUCCCUGCUCCUGUCAGGACUGCACAAAGGCCUGUGGUCCCAAACCUGUUCCUCCCCCUAUCCCCCCUCCCUGGACAAUCCUUGGUAUGGAUGCCAUGACUGUCAUUAUGUGGAUCUCUUACAUGGCCUUCCUGCUUAUCUUUAUUGGUGCUGUGCUGGCAGCUUGGUGUUACAGAAAAAGGACAAUUAUGUCUGAGUAUGGCCCCAUAUUGGACAGCAAUAACCCACUGUCUGUCAAUAGUGAUAAUCCUGACCAAGUCAAUGCAUCCUGCUGUGAAACGCUCGGCGAACGCUUUGAGAAUAGACUGCGGAUCCUCUUUACCUCCUGGGGUUCCUUCUGUGUGCGCUAUCCCUCUGUGGUCAUAUUGGGGAGCCUGAUACUGGUGGUAGCCUCCUCCGGGGGCCUGGUCUAUAUGCGCAUUAUCACCAACCCCGUUGACUUGUGGUCGUCUCCCGAAAGCCAAGCACGUCAGGAGAAGGACUACUUUGACAACCACUUUGGACCCUUCUUCAGAACCGCACAGCUCAUUAUAACCACUUCCACCAACAACACUUUUGAUUACAAUUCCUACUUCGGAGGAUCAACUGUCCCAUUUGGAGCCAUCCUUGAUAAAGAUAUCCUGCAUGAGGUGCUGGACCUGCAGCUUGCCAUCGAAGGCCUUGUAGCCACAUAUGAGGGAAAAAAUGUUACCUUGAAGGACAUUUGUUUGGCUCCACUGGCCCCAUACAAUGACAACUGUACCAUCUUGAGUGUCCUCAACUACUUCCAGAACAGCCACUCCGUGCUGGAUCACAGCAUUGGAGACGAGUUCUUUGUCUACGCUGACUUUCACAGCCACUUCCUCUACUGUGUCAGUGCACCAGCAUCCCUCAAUGACACCACUCUCCUCCAUGAUCCCUGUCUCGGCACUUAUGGGGGCCCUGUCUUCCCUUGGCUUGCGCUUGGUGGCUACGAUGAGACCAACUACAACAACGCCACCGCUCUAGUGAUCACCUUUCCUAUCAACAACUACCUGAACGACUCUGUCAGAAUGGGCAAAGCUCUGGCAUGGGAGAAAGAAUUCAUCAGCUUCAUGAAAAACUUCAAAAACCCCAAUCUGACCGUAGCCUUUACUUCAGAGAGGAGUAUUGAAGAUGAAAUUAACAGAGAGAGCAACAGUGACAUCAGCACCAUAGUAAUGAGCUAUGCCAUUAUGUUUAUCUACAUCUCCCUGGCUCUGGGUCACAUCCACAGCUUCAAAAGAGUAAUGGUGGACUCUAAGAUUUCUCUAGGUAUAGCAGGUAUCCUGAUUGUGCUGAGUUCUGUGGCCGCCUCACUGGGGAUCUUUAGCUAUGCUGGUAUCCCGCUCACUCUCAUUGUCAUUGAGGUCAUUCCCUUCCUGGUGUUGGCUGUUGGAGUGGACAACAUCUUUAUUAUAGUGCAAACUUACCAGAGGGAUGAGCGCAUGCCUCAAGAGGAACUUCAUCAACAGAUUGGUCGUAUUCUUGGUGACAUCGCCCCCAGCAUGUUCCUCUCCUCCUUCUCUGAGACAGUGGCCUUCUUCCUGGGAGCCCUGUCCAACAUGCCUGCAGUGAGGACUUUCUCUCUGUUUGCUGGCUUGGCUGUUUUUAUCGAUUUCCUGUUGCAGAUCAGUUGCUUUGUCAGCUUGCUAGGCCUGGAUGCCAGAAGACAGGAGGGAAAUCGUUUUGACAUCUGCUGCUGUGUGAAGCUGCCAGAAGGUCAGGAAGCGAAGACAGACGGCUUCCUCUUCCGUUUUUUCAAGAAAAUCUAUGCUCCAUUCAUCCUCAAAGAGUGGGUGCGACCGAUCGUAGUGGCUGUGUUUGUCGGAAUACUCUCCUUUAGUAUUGCUGUGGUGAAUAAAGUAGAGAUUGGACUGGACCAGAAACUCUCCAUGCCUGAUGACUCCUAUGUGUUGGACUACUUCAAAAACAUGAGCAUGUAUCUCCACACUGGAGCUCCAGUGUACUUCGUGGUAGAAGACGGUCUCAACUACAGUAGCCUGGAGGGCCAAAAUCUUGUGUGUGGAGGGGUGGGCUGCAACAACAACUCCCUGGUCCAGCAGGUUUAUGAAGCCUCACUCAUCAGUAACUACACCACCAUUGCCCUUACUCCGUCCUCCUGGCUCGAUGACUACUUUGACUGGGUGAAGCCACAGUCCUCCUGCUGUCGGUACUACAACAGCACUGGGGCCUUCUGCAACGCCUCGGUGGUAAACCCAUCCUGUGUUCACUGUCGGCCCAUGACUGCUAGCGGAAAGCAGAGGCCUGUUGGAGACGAAUUCAUGCGGUUUCUACCCAUGUUCCUGUCAGACAAUCCUAACAUCAAGUGUGGAAAAGGUGGCCACGCAGCCUACGCCACAGCAGUUGACCUCCAUCCUGACAACACAGCAGUCGGAGCCACUUACUUCAUGACGUAUCACACCAUCCUGAAGGAGUCCCCAGACUACAUAGAUGCUUUGAAAAUGGCCCGAAUCCUGGCUAACAAUAUCAGCCAGUCCAUUGACCACAAAGUUUUUGCCUACAGCGUGUUCUACGUGUUCUACGAGCAGUACCUGACCAUCGCGUAUGACACAGCUCUGAACUUGAGCGUGUCCCUGGCAGCCAUAUUUGUGGUAACGACAGUACUGUUAGGUUUUGAGCUGUGGUCAGCCGUUAUCGUCUGCAUCACCAUCGCCAUGAUCCUGGUCAACAUGUUCGGUGUCAUGUGGCUAUGGGACAUCAGCCUCAAUGCAGUAUCACUUGUGAACCUGGUCAUGAGCUGUGGUAUUUCGGUGGAGUUCUGCAGUCAUAUCGUUAGAGCUUUUUCCAUCAGCAUGAAGAGGAACAGAGUUGAGCGGGCUGAAGACGCCCUGGCUCACAUGGGAAGCUCUGUUUUCAGUGGGAUCACAUUAACAAAGUUUGGAGGUAUCCUGAUUUUAGCGCUCUCCAAGUCCCAGAUCUUCCAGGUCUUCUACUUCAGGAUGUACCUGGCUAUAGUGCUGCUGGGGGCCACACACGGUCUCAUCUUCCUCCCUGUACUGCUCAGUUAUAUAGGUCCUUCAGUGAACAAAGCAAAAGUGUCCGCCACUAACCAGCGCUACGCAGGUACAGAAAGGGAGCGCCUCCUCAACUACUAGCAAGCUGUCAGAGACAAUGAACAAUGAACUAACUAUGUGUCUGGGAGGGACUAUGUGGUUACUGACACACUCAUCAUCGUUGCCACUACUAUGCAUGGAUUUAACUCAGGAAUAUACCCAGGAGCAGGAGUACCAGAGGCCUUUCCUCAGAAGACUGUGGACCCACACCAUUCUUCCUUCUCCUCACACUACAGAGCAGGCUUAACUUCAUCAUUUGAAGUAUGAGCAACACAAGUGCAACAAAAAAAUAACACUUUUCAAAGUGUUGAAGUAGCAGAGACAUCACCCCCACAAUCAGUUUACAGACACACACUCAGUCAGUUCCAUAUGCUAUGAGUUAUUUUGAUUUAGGAAAACUCAAAAGGGUAAAACUGGUCAGUUUUUUUCAUGUUUUUUAAAAUAUAUAUACCAGAAAAAACAUUGUAUAAAAGGAUUUUUUUUUUUUUUAAACUUUUGUAGAAUUAUGUUUUAAGAAUCGUUUAUCGCUCGGGACACCACACACACCUGGACUAACAGGUAACACAACUGAUACCAUUGGCCCUCAUUAUAUUUGGCAUUUACAGGAGUAUGGGGCUUUAUCAACAUAAUUAUAUGGCAAGACAGUCAUGCAAGUCAGUUAUGGUAUUUUUCAACUAGCAAUAAUGUGUGUUUCUUCUGCACAUGAAGAAAUUAGGAUUAUUGGUUGCAGUUUGUAAGUGGUAGUGACAUGUUUUUAUUGUUUUGACUUCAACUACCUGGAUUUAAAAUGGAACAAUAUGUAUGAGAGCAAAGUGCUGACUUUCAGCAGUUUUUUAGGGUGUUCACAUCCAUAUUGCAAGAGCGUUCUGCACAGAUACAGAUGUAAAUGCAUUCAAAACUGAAACUUCAUAGUCAAAGCCAAUACUGAGCAGUCCAAAAAUGUGUGUGUUUCGCCAUGCAGGUAUUGCAUGUUGCACAUCCAGCCCUGUCUUUAAUUUCCACUUAAGUCACUAUUUACAUUAUCCUGUGUCACAUUUCAAUUUAGACCUAGUUAAUGUCCUUGUGAUUGCAUGACCAUGUUGGUAGCUUUCAUGAAUGGUCACAGAUACAUGUUCAUGCCAGGUGUAAAGGGUGCUUUAAUGCUUGGAUCGGUUUUACUGAAGCAGAAAUUAAGUUUUUUGCAGUUACUGAACACAGUUUUUGUUGCAUCAAGAGAUGACAAAGCUUUACAUAUAGUUAAAUAGUCUGUAGAAUACUGGAUUAAUGGUACAGUCCUGGGCUUUUUCAUUCCCACAUCUUUAAGUUAUUGUUUUUUAUUUUGUUAACUGUUGACAUUUUGUUGUCAUGCAUUGCUCUGUGAAAACCCCCUUCCAGUUUCCUUGCUCAGAACUCCUUCCAGGCAGUCCCUUGGGUUUCAAGGAAAACCACAGGCUGAGCAGUGAGAGAGGGUUGGGACAUCACUGGAAGAGGUUGUUAACAUUUUACACAAGGUGUAUAAAACCUGCAAGUACUGUACUUAAAGGAACAGUAACAUUCCUUUUGUUUUAGUUCAACAAUGAUGCAGUAAUGUUGUUUUUGGAAUGUAAGAAAAAAUAAGAAAGGAUGUGAAAAAAUGUUAUUGAGCAACUGACAGAGUUGUAACAUUAAUUUUGAUAACUGCUUGUUAACAGUGCUGUGCAUUGAUUGUAUAGACGAAUCAUCGCUCAUCCUGAACAACAUGAUUGUAGAGAGAGAGAUUAAACCAACCAUUGGAAUACUUUAGUUUUUAACAAUUUUAACAUAUAUUAAAACAUUUUCAGAAAAGUAUGUAGUGGAGCCUGAUUCCCAUCUGUAUUUUACUGUGGAGACACCUCUAUGAAUUACUUAUUUGUCCCUUAAUAUAAUGAGCUUUUCUAAUGUUUUUGCAGAUGUACAAUUGAUUUUAAAUUAUGUAAUAGUGUCAGUAGACUGAAAUGCUGCUUAAAAGUAAUCCACUGUAAAGGUUUCUCUUUAAUAGUGUUGCUUUUCAGCUUCUGUCUGAAGAAAUGUUUUUGGAACAAAAUCUGCUGUAGUUUUGUUCUUUCAAAAUGCAAUGCAACAUACAGUAACUGCAGUGAAUGCUUCUACAGUAAAAAAAAAAUGAUGUGCUGUCGCUGAGAUUGUUCAUACUGACCACAGUGUGGCGCCUGAAUCCAUUCAUGAAUCUUUGCCUGCAUCAUGCUCACUUAAGUGUAGUGGGAGUGACCUAAUUUUUCUGUCUUGAAGAGAAACAGCCUUGCAUUGCUUUUACAGUGUCAUUGAAUUAAAUAUCAGUGUGGAUCCAUUAUUUUUAAUGCAAAGACAACAGAGUUUAUUACCUUAAAUAUCUCUGUUCUCUACCUAAAUCUAAAGCUUCUAAGAUAUUUACACUAAAACUUGAAUGGCCAUCAGUCUCUCACAUC